CGAGACACGAACUACUCCGUACACCGUACUACUUCUUGUGCAGUCCUCCCCGCAGCCAGCGUCGGAGCAGACGGGAAUGGCUUCCCGCCUCCUAACCAGAUCAACGGCCGCGGUCCUCCUCUCCCACCUCCGCUCCAGGGCCCCGAACCCUACCCACCAUAUCCUCCCCCAUGGCACUGCCAUGUCCUCCCUUCUGGGGCCCACUCACGGCCUUCCUGCUACCGCCAGAUCAUGCCCCCUUCGCGAGCCGGCUCGGUGGUUCUCUUCCCCGGCGCCGGUGGUGGAGGCGCCGAGGACCGCUGACGGUAUGACGGUAGACGCGAUCGCCGACAAGGGGUGGACGAUCCUCGCCGAGGCCGAGAGCGACUGGCGCAGCCACGCCGCCGCCGUCGCACAGUCCAUCAAGCUUAUCAAGAAGCGCCUCAAGUGGAAAUGGUUACUGGAGAGAUCGAAGCAAUUAGCUGUGGUAUUGGAGAGGCCAGAUCUCUGGGAGGAUCCAGUUUUCGCUGGGAAGGUUAGCCGUGAGCAAGGCGAGCUCAUGGGCAAGAUUAAGUCAGUGAACCAAUUCGAGCAGGAAUUGAUGGAGCACAUCGACAUGUUGAGGCUUGCACGCGAAGAGGGUGAUAAUGAACUCGAAACGGAAUCCAUGAGAGCAUUAGCCGAUAUGAGAAGAAAUGCAAAGGAGAAAGAACUCAAUGCGUUGCUUUCUGGAGACAAUGACUCUUACCCUUGUUUCAUUGAGGUUCAAGCAGGAGCCGGAGGCAUUGAGAGCAUGGAUUGGGCUGCCAUGGUUAUGAACAUGUAUAGAUCAUGGGCUCAACGACGUGGAUACGCAGUCACUGUAGUAGAAGAAAUGCCUGGUGAAGUAGCAGGAAUCAAGAGGGCUACUAUCAAAGUUGAUGGUGACUAUGCAUUUGGAUAUGCCAAAUCGGAAAUAGGAGUUCAUAGAUUAGUGCGGAUUUCUCCAUUCGACAGUGGAAAGCGGCGGCACACUUCCUUUGCUGCUGUGGCUGUAAUACCUAUUCUUGGUGAUGCCUCUAGCAGAUACCAGAUAAACGAUUCAGAUCUUCGGAUAGAACGCUUUCGUUCUGGUGGACCUGGUGGCCAGCAUGCCAACACAACAGAAAGUGCUGUUAGAAUUGUGCACAUCCCAACUGGUACAACGGCAACUUGUCAAAAUGAGAGAUCACAACAUAUGAAUAAGGCAUCAGCAAUGGCAGUGCUCCAAUCUAGGCUCGAUCAGCUUGAGAUUACCCGUCAAGCACAGAUGAAUGCAGAGCACACACAAUCUCUCUCUGAAAUAAGCUGGGGCAACCAAAUAAGAUCUUAUGUGCUCCAUCCAUACCGUAUGGUCAAAGAUCUCAGGACUAACUAUGAAGUGUCUGAUCCUGAUUCAGUCCUGGAAGGCGACCUAGAUGAUUUCAUCUUCAACUUUUUGUCAUCAUCAUUGGAUAAAGAUGAUGGAAAUGUCUGACCACAAAUCAUGGUUACCAUUUAUCAUUAGCAUUAACGUACAGUGUCCAAGUGAUUGCAAGAGAGAUGCUUCUCUUUUUACUACACUGACAAAUACAACACAGAUCUCAAUUGGUGAAAGGUACGGACUAGUUUUCAAAUGAAACAUCAGAGCAAGUUUCCCAGAACGAAUGUUAUAGUCUACCUUUGUAGCUAGAGAGAAGGUAAUGUAAUGGAAAUAUGCUUGAUUGUUUGCCUAUAUUUAAUUAGAGAAGGUAUGUUGUUGUUGCCAAUGGUGACAGAUACAUCACCUCAUGUCAAUCUGGCACCUCAUUGUAAUAAACACCUGCUAGAUUGAGCUAGGCAAUCUAUAAAUGUUCUUCAUAAGGAAAUAACUAUCACACUGUAGUCAUUUUUCCUGUAAAUUUAGUACUUACAAUUGCAAGGA